UUUUUUUUUUUUUAUUAUCAUUAUUAUUAUUUAUUUAUUUUCAACACCAUGUCGAUGGAUCCACAAAAAGCACUUUUAUGGUGGAAAAAAGUCACCAGUCAACAAGACAUGAUAGACAUAGAUAAAAAUGUGUUUGGUGUGGCUUUAACUGAAUCUCUUCGAUAUGCUCAUGCAAGAAUUACUUAUACCGACUCCACGGGUGCUACUUGCAACGGGAUCCUCCCCAUCGUGGUGGCGAGAUGUGGAGCGUUCUUAAAAGCAAAAGCAUUAUCCACAGAAGGUAUUUUUCGUAUCUCUGGCAAUGCUAAGCGAGUUGGAAUGUUACAAACCAUGUUUGAUCAUGAUGACUAUGGCUUGACCAUUGCUUGGGAUGGCUACACAGUUCAUGACGUGUCCAAUGUGAUGCGUCGUUUUUUAAAUCAACUUCCUGAGCCUGUGAUCAAUCUAGAAUAUCAGUCUCUGUUUAAAACAACCUUAGAUGCUUCAUUUCCUACUAUAGAAGCCAAAGUGAAUGCAUUUCAGUCCUUAAUUCAGAAAUUACCUAUCGUUCAUCAAUUCUUAUUACUCUAUUUGCUUGACUUGCUUUAUUUAUUUUCACUUUAUGCUGAUACGACACGAAUGGAUCUAUGUUCACUUGCUACAGCAUUUGCACCAGUAAGUAUGGGUGCUCUAUAUUUUCCACAAACUCAUAGAGAACAGGUCAUUUUUUCAGAUCCAAGUGAUGGUCUUAAUUUAGAAGGAUACAAAGAAUCACAAAGAGUACUUGAAUUCUUGAUCAUCAAUCAAAACAGGUUUUCCAUACCACGCAUAUCAGCAAAUGAUGUACUUCAAUAUUCUAGUUACCAAUAUGAUCAAAGUAACGCCAUGUAUACACCCUCCAGAUCAUCUACUGAUUUAAAUACCAUGAUCACCACUACCCUCAAACGAUCUAAUACAGCGCCCAGUAAACGUAACCUUUUCUGUGCUUUUGCAGCCAUAGGUGGUUUUUGUUUCGGUUAUGAUACUGGUGUCAUCUCCGGUGUCUUGACAAUGCCUUUCUUUAUCAGAAAUAUGACAGGAGGUGUUGAAUACCUUACUGCUAUUCAAACUUCUGUUAUCACUGGUUUACUUUUAGCUGGUUGUUUUGUUGGUUCUCUCAUCGCCGGUCAAUUGUGUGAAAGACUCUCUCGUAAGUUCACCAUCAUUCUCGCUUCUGGUGUGUUCAUUCUCGGUGCUGGUAUCCAAACCGGUGCUCACAACUAUGAUAUGAUGAUUGGUGGCCGUUUCGUUGCUGGUUUGGGUGUCGGUUCCCUUUCUAUGGCUGUUCCUCUUUAUUUGUCUGAAUUGGCUCCUAAGGAAAUCCGUGGUCGUCUUAUUUCUCUUCAACAAUUGAUGAUUACUAUUGGUAUCAUGGUUGCUUUCUGGGUCGGUGCUGGUACUCAAUACUUGGAAUCCAAUGCCUCAUGGCAAAUUCCUCUUGGUAUCCAAAUUGCUCCUGCUGCUGUUCUCUUCUUCGGUGCCAUUUUCCUUCCUUUCUCUCCUCGUUGGUUGGUCAACAAGGGUCGUAACGAAGAAGCUUUGGGCGUCCUUGCUCGUCUUCAUUCUGCUGGUGACAAGACAGCUCCUCACGUUGUUGCUGAAUACGAAGAAAUUGUUGCCCAAGUUGAACACGAACGCACUGUAUCUGUCUCUAGCUACCUCGAACUCUUCAAGGGUAACAUUCUCAGACGUCUCAUUUUGGGUGUCCUUAUUCAAAUCUUCCAACAAUUUACUGGUAUCAACUCCAUCAUGUACUACGCUCCUACUAUUUUCCAACAAGCUGGUGUUCCCGGUCGUUCUGCUUCUUUGAUCGCCUCUGGCGUCAAUGGUGUUCUUAACGUAUUGGCCACCAUUCCUCCUAUUCUCUUCCUUGAUCGCCUCGGUCGUCGUGUUGUCUUGAUCUCCGGUGCUAUUUUGAUGGGUACCGCCAUGUUACUCUGUGGUAUUGUCAUGGCCGCCACUGCUCGUGUCUACCAAAAUGAAACCAACGGUCAAAUGGAAGUUGACAUGUCUGGUAACCAACACGCUUCUUACUUUUGUAUUGUCAUGAUUUACUUCUUUGUUGCUGGUUUUGCCUACUCUUGGGGUCCUUGUGGUUGGGUCUACCCUGCCGAAAUCUACCCUCUCUCUAUUCGUGCCAAGGGUACUUCAAUUACCACAGCUGCUAACUGGCUUAUGAACUUUGUCAUCUCUCUCUUUGUGCCUGUCAUGCUUACUACCAUCACUUGGGGUACUUAUAUCUUCUUUGGUUGUUGUUGUAUGGUCAUGGCUACUUGUGUCUUCUUGUUCUAUCCUGAAACCAAGGGCCGUUCUCUUGAAGAAAUGGAUAUUGUCUUCUCUGGUCGUAUUCUUGCUUACAAGGAUGUAAAGCAAUCUGAACUUGACUUUAACGAAAAGAAGCAAGCUGAUCGUCUUGAAGAUGGCAAGGCUGAAGAAGCUUAAACUGAUAAUCACAAUCUAGUUGCAAAACGUUGGAACGGGAAGGACUGGAUUCUUCAAUACCUCUUUAUAUAUGUAAUAUUACAAAAUUCUAUUUUUUUUCUUCACUCUUUAAUAUACUAUCUUUUUUUUCUCAAUAAAUAAUAAUUAUUCCAAUCUCUC